CAGGCCCGCGGAUCAUGCUGCGGACGCGCGGGCCUCGCCUGCCGCCCACCGACCACGGGCUGCUGCUCGGCCGCCUCUGCCGCCGGCUCUUCCCUCCUGCGCUGGGCCUCGGGCGGGGAGAGCGGGGGCGGCCCACGGGCCGACCUGUGUCGGGGGGACGCGGAAGAGGAUGGCUGCAGCCCACGGGCCACGACACGGGCGUCCAGGUUUACAACAGCCUCACGCGGAGGAAAGACCCGUUAAUCGUGGCCAACGCGGAAGCCGCCUCCUGGUAUAGUUGUGGACCCACUGUGUACGAUCAUGCACACCUUGGCCACGCUUGCUCAUAUGUUAGAUUUGAUAUAAUUCGAAGGAUCCUGACCAAGGUGUUUGGCUGCAACGUCGUCAUGGUGAUGGGAGUCACAGAUGUGGAUGAUAAAAUAAUCAAAAGAGCCAAUGAGAUGAAUAUAUCACCCACUUCUCUUGCCAGUUUUUAUGAAGAAGAUUUUAAACAAGAUAUGGCAGCCUUGAAGGUUCUCCCACCCACAGUGUACUUGAGGGUAACUGAAAAUAUUCCUCAGAUCAUUUCUUUCAUUGAGGGAAUAAUUGCCAAUGGGCAUGCUUAUUCAACGCAGAAAGGCAAUGUCUACUUUGAUCUGAAGUCUAGAGGAGACAAGUAUGGUAAACUAGUCGGUGUGGCCCCGGAUCCGGUUGGAGAGCCAGUUGAUUCUGACAAACGACACCUCAGUGAUUUUGCCUUAUGGAAGGCAGCUAAACCCCAGGAGAUUUUUUGGACAUCACCUUGGGGAAAUGGAAGACCUGGCUGGCACAUUGAAUGUUCUGCCAUGUCAAGUCUGAUGUUUGGAGGUCAGUUGGAUCUCCACUCGGGCGGGAUAGAUUUAGCGUUUCCGCAUCAUGAAAACGAAAUCGCACAGUGUGAAGCGUUUCAUCGGUGCAAGCAGUGGGGAAAUUAUUUUCUGCAUUCUGGGCAUUUGCACAUUAAAGGCAAAGAAGAAAAAAUGUCCAAAUCAUUAAAAAACUACAUUACUAUUAAGGACUUUCUAAAGAAGUUUUCACCUGAUGUCUUCCGGCUUUUCUGUAUGCGGAGCAAUUAUAGGUCAGCCAUCGACUACAGCGACAGCAGCAUGCAGGACACCCAGCGUCUCCUCCUUGGCGUGACCUCCUUCGUUGAGGACGCACGUGCCUACAUGCGAGGACAGCUGGCCUGUGCCUCCGUCAGGGAAGACCAGCUGUGGGAACGACUCGCGGACACAAAGGUGGCUGUGAAGGCUGCGUUUGCAGACGACUUUGACACGCCCAGAGCUGUUGAUGCCAUUAUGAGCCUCAUUCACCACGGGAACAGACAGCUCAAGGCAGUUACUAAGGAAACAGCUGGUCCCAGAAGUCCUGCUGUGUUUGGCGCCACGGUCUCCUACAUCGAGCAGUUUUUAGAGACGGUUGGAAUUUCUCUGGCAAAUCAACAGUUUGUUUCAGGAGAGAGCAGCUCAGCCACUUUGCAUGGUGUGGUGGAAGAGCUGGUCCACUUCCGUCAGAAGGUGCGUCAGUACGCCCUGGCCACCAAGGAGGCCUCCCGGGACAUCCGGCACCAGCAGCUCCUGGAGAGGCAGCCCCUGCUUGAGGCGUGUGAUGCCCUGCGCAGGGGCCUCGCCAUCCACGGCAUCAACAUAAAGGACAGAAGUAGCACAACAUCUACAUGGGAACUGCUGGAUCAGAGAACAAAAGAGCACAUACCAGGGAGCUGAGGACUAGAUGAAGUCACAUGGAACCACACUUUCACGACACAGCUUCUUGGCCUUCUUAUAUUAUGAUCAAAACUUUAAAGUUUUCUAUUGUGGCUGUUAAGUCAACAUUGAAAUAAACUGAUACUCUCCCACUGGUGUCUGUUAGUAAUGAUGGCCGAAAAGUUAAUUUUCUUUAUCAUACCAACAGCCACAGACACCAACCGUUUGUUAGCUGUCGUCAAGCAGACCCCGACUCGUGGUGACCUUGUGUGCAGCAGAACGGAGCUUGGCCUGGCUUUGCAUCGUCCUCACGGUUACCAGCAGGUUGGAGACUGUCGUGGCUGCCGUGCCAGUUCAUCUCACCAAGGGUCUCUCAUGCCUUCGCUGGCCUUCUGUUUCACCAAACGCGAUACCCUCCUCCAGCAGUUGAUCCCUCCUGAUGAUGUGUCCAGAGCAAGCAG